AUGGGAAGAGAUCGUAGUCGCAGCCCUCGUCGCGGCGCUCGUGACGAUGAUGAGGAGGACUUGCCGGCGGAAGGCAAGCUCAUGCUGCUGCAAGUGGACUUCGAGACAUUGAAAGUCGAAAACCAAGAGCUUCGCACCCGGCUUCUUCAAGCAUUGAGGAGGCUGGACUCCAAGACCCCUUCUACUGGCCGGCACGGCAAAGAGGAGGUCAAGAAGGCGGUGAAAAAGGAGGUGAAGAAAGAGGCCAAGCCAGAAAGCAAGAAAGAAGUUAAAAAGGAGGUGAAGAAAGAGGACAUCAAGAAGGAAGUCAAGAAAGAGAUUAAGAAGGAAGUCAAGAAGGAGAUCAAGAAGGAGGUGAAACAGGAGGCCAUCAGCUUCAAAAAAGCCUUUCACAUGUUUCAAACUAAAGAAACUCCUCAAGCUCAUUUCGACCUCGACAGCCCCGGGGAGGAGGGCAAGAAAGUCAAGACCGAGGAGCCCAACACGAAUGCUGUGCUCCUUUGCAAUGCGCAGAUGGAGGUGUACAACACGGAGGUGCCAAACGAUGUCCCAAUGGAAGAGCGCACGCCGCUGGUUGAGGGGAAGCUCAAGAACUUCAUGGAGAGUUUCCAUGAGAAGGUCCAGAUACUCGACCUCAAAACAGGAGGAGUACUUGUCAAGGACAAGAUGUUUCAGAAGCGUUACGCUUGCGUUUUCCGGGAAUCCGGCGAUGAGCUGCGCGGAGUCUGUACGAAGCGCUUCUACUUCGAUUCCAAGAGCCCCACUUACUGCUUGGAUUUCGAGACUCACGAGAGCCUGGUGACGGCCCGGGCGGGUACGCCGCCAGACGGUCGCCUCGGGGUGCGGGAUCCGCGAACGGAGCACCUCGCAGUGCUCUAUGCCACAUGGCAGCAUUUGAGAAAGACUGCCGCCUUCAAAACCAGAUUGCAAGUAUUUACCCGUCUCGUUCAUGUGCCUGGACAGGGGUUCGAGUUGAGGGCUCAGCGUGCAAGUUUGAUCCCUGUGAUUCAACGUCCCAUCUUCGCAAUCGAGGGGAAGCAGAUAGCAAAACAGCGUGGCCCCCAUUCUCAGAAGUUGGCUCGAGGGAUUUGCAGCAAGGCCAGCAAACCAAGCCUGAUAUAG